AUGUGUUCAUCUUUAUAUUUGAUAAUAAUGGAAAAGGAAGAUCAUAAUAAAGUGUUGCGCACCUCGAAGGAGCAAAUAGAGUGCUAUCUAAAUUUUGUGCGGGUUCACCCGGAGAUAAAGUUGCACAAAAACGACCCAUCGCGGCCGAAAAGAAUGGAGGAGCUUUGGGCCCUAAAAGGGGCCCACUCGGAACCCCACAAAAUGGAGAGAGAAUCUGAGCCAUUGGAAAAACCAAAUAAGGUCACGCGCAAGGACAGCCAAGGCGCACAAGCUGGUGACAGGUGGCGGUCCCAGCUUAACAAGUGAGCUCUCUGAAACAGAGCAGAGAGCGUUAG